GAGGAGGAGGGAGCGAUUGAAGGGGGGGUUGACUUAGCGUGCACUGCGCCCCUCGGUAUCGUUAUUGCGCGUGAAAUGGCUGCUUUUGGAAGGCUAUUGCCCAGAAGAAAAGAUGUUUGGUUUUCCCAAGCCAAAGAUGUACCGAAGUAUAGAGGGCUGCUGCAUUUGCAGAGCUAAAUCCUCCAGUUCUCGGUUCACUGACAGUAAACGCUAUGAAAAGGAUUUCCAGAGCUGUUUUGGGUUACAUGAGACUCGUUCAGGAGAUAUCUGUAAUGCCUGUGUCCUGCUUGUGAAAAGAUGGAAGAAAUUGCCAGCAGGAUCAAAAAAAAACUGGAAUCAUGUGGUAGAUGCAAGGGCAGGACCCAGUCUAAAGACUACACUGAAACCAAAGAAAGUGAAAACUCUAUCUGGAAACAGGAUAAAAAGUAACCAGAUCAGUAAACUGCAGAAGGAAUUUAAACGCCACAAUUCUGAUGCUCACAGUACAACCUCAAGUGCCUCUCCAGCUCAGUCUCCCUGUUACAGUAACCAGUCAGAUGAUGGCUCAGAUACAGAGAUGGCUUCUGGCUCCAACAGAACGCCAGUGUUUUCCUUUUUAGAUCUCACAUACUGGAAAAGACAGAAAAUAUGCUGUGGCAUUAUCUAUAAAGGCCGUUUUGGGGAAGUCCUCAUCGACACACAUCUAUUCAAGCCUUGCUGCAGCAAUAAGAAAGCAGCUGCUAAGAAGCCGGAGGAGCAGGGGCCAGAGCCUCUGCCCAUCUCCACUCAGGAGUGGUGACUAAGCUUUAUGUAGAAGGGGAGCAAAAAUGAUUUAAAUUUUGGAAAACAAAGCAACAAAAUGACCCUCCUAUUUUUAAUUUGGAUACCUGCUAUUCUGCCAAAAGAUGGAUUUGUAGAAUACUUUUGAAUGGGUUAUUUUUCCUCCAGUUCCACAAACUCUGAAGCCAGUGAAGCUUACUAAGAGAUAAAAAAGAAGUGUACAUAAUAUUUAAGAUGCUGAGUAUUUCAUAGGAAAGCUGAAUGCUGCUGUAAAGUGCUCUUUAAGUCUUUUUUAAAAAUCCCCUUCUAAUGAAUGAAAUUAGGGGAAUUUUCAGGGGACAGAGAUGGGAUUUGUUGUAUGGUAAACGUAUGUAGUUUUAGUCUUUCUAUUUUGAGAAGCAGUGGUUGGGGCAUUUUUUAAGAUGGCUGGCUACACUUGUUUUCCUUCAUUAUAAUAAAUUUGUCAUAACUCAGUAAACAUGGACUUGCCCCUAGAGGUAGUUGUUAAUAACUGAAAUAUUAAGGUCUUGCCAAGGUUCUGGUGAUUCAAACCUGUACUACUGAAUACUAAGCGGGACAGACAGCUCUCUGGUGCGAAUAUCUUGAAGGAGCAAUUUCUAAAUAGGCAGAGGUAACCUGACUGUAUAUGUUGCAUCCUGUGUCACCUCCCUCCAUAUUGAUAUUUGAUACAGAUUUUAAUUUAUAUGAAACUUAAAAAGCAGAAUCAAAACUUAAAGCAGAAUUAAAGUUCCUCUUGGGGAAAUGUCAAGUCUUUAGGAUAAGCAAUCCUAUAUGAAUAGUACCAAAGCAUUACCACUUGGUAGAGAACAUUCUCUAUUAAAAAUGUUAGAUUAUCUGAAAAAUAACAAUGUGCAAGUCUUUAGGAUGGCACACGAAAACAACAAAGGUUAAUGCUUCUUGGGGCACAGUUCUUAGAGGGCUUGCAAGUGUGUAAAUAAUUUAUGUUACGUGACUGGUGACUUCACUGAAAAAUCUGCACAAUUCAGUUUUAGCUCUGGAUUACUUCAGUUGACCUUUGUGAAGGUUUUAUCUGUGUAGAAUGGUUGUUUGACUUGUUUUAACCUGUUAGGGUUUUGGGUUUGUUUUUUGUUUUUUUUCAUUCUAUAUUAAAAUUCUACUAA